AUGGGCUUUAGAAGAAGUAUUAAAAAUGAAACAUCCGAAGAAAAUGAUGCAACAUCAAAUAAUUCUGUUUCUGAAUCACAUGUCGACAAUAAUUCAUCUGAAAACAUUCAGUUUGAUACUUUUGCAGAAUUAUCUGAACGACGACUUGAACAAACUGGACUUGAGGAACUUCAGAUUGAUAUCGAACUAAAAUGCUACACCACCAAAAGAUUUUCUGAUGCUGAAAAUUACUUACAACAAGAAGAACCAGAAUGA